AAAUCCAAAGACAAUUGUGGAACUUUCUUUAAACUAGUCUAUGCUUUGUUUAUAUGUUUAGAUACGUGUAAUUAAUUCUGUUCUCGUUAUUUUUAUAUAAUUAUUCUAAUGUGCCGGUAUGGUUAGAGAUUUGUUUUGAGUUAGGAUUUAGUUUGAACGCUCUGGUGUUUAAUGACGGUAGUGUUGUGCGAAUUUAUUUGUGUAUUUAGUGUUUAGUUUAAUUUAGAAAAAAAUGGAACGUUACGUUGUUAAUAGACAUUCGAAGAAGCGUAAAAGUAAUGAUGGACUUCUAUUAAAAUGGAGAAAGAAAUACAAUAACUUGAGAAAACGUUCCUGGGUAACCAAUGGAUAUGAUUUAAACAAUGCGGGUUAUGUGAUCAACAGACGUUAUACGAAGAGCAAAAUGUCACCAGUAUGUCACAGCUUCGUGCAAAACGCGUGGAAGAAAGACUUCUGCUCGAACUGCUUCAAAUCACGAGAAGAACACGUCAAGCAGGAAAAGACGACGGAUGGUAGCAAAUAUUCUGCGACUCCCUUCCAAAACAGAAGUACAUUCUUUAAGAAAACACCACCGAGUAUAUUAAAGAUUACUCCAAAGAAGAAGAACAAGCGUAAUGUUCGGUUCCCAGAAGAAGUGUGCAGUGUGAUUGGCUUCGGAGGCGAUGAUUGGUCUGACGAAGAAGAAUUCGAAAUGUCAGAAGACAACGACGACGAAGAUGUAUUCCCAGACACAGAAGAGGAAAGAGAAUUGUACAAAAUUACAAAAUCUAACACAGACUUUAAUACCGUGAAAGCAAAUCUAUUGGGAGAUUCGGUAGCCAAGUCUUAUACUUCGUUGUUGCUUGGCAAAAUUCAAACAGAUUCCGAUGGAAAGAAGAAAACGUUAAUGGUGUCCGUAACUCCUUUCGGCCAAGAGAAUAAAGGCCCAAAUGUUAAGACGCAUACUCGAAAACCCGCUGUCAUUCAUAUAAAUGAAACGCAAACGGAAGAAGCGGCGAAUAAUUACAAAACUAAUAUUAUUCUGACGUCUUAUAUUAAAGAAUCGGAGACUAUAAUUGCUUCAGAAAGUGUUCGAUCUACUGAAGGCAUUUGCACAGAGAAAUCAUUGUUGGAAGAAAUAUCAGAGACAUUGCAGCAAAAUAGAAUGAGCAACACGGACCUUAACUUAAACCACAAGGAUAACAAUAAGCCUACUGUUAUCGAAGAAAAAAGAAAAGAAAGUAUGCAAGACGAAGUGGAGAAGAAAGAAAUGUCUGAAUCGCGGAAAAAUGGAAUUGUAAGAAAAUCUCCCUUAAUUAAAACACAGGAAAGACCUAAAGUAAACUUAAGUAGGUCAGAAUUCAAAUUUUGUAAAAUAAACAUUGAAAGCGGUAGUGUAGAUUCUGCAGUCGGUACUUUAAAUUCUACCGCUAAUAAUUCACUGACAUCGGACGAUGACAGUUUUAGCGCACGUACCGAUUCUGAUAAUGACGAUAGCGGACAUUUCUCUGAAACGCACAAAUGUGAGGAAACUGUUAAGAUAAAGGUGUUUAACGAAUCAGAAAAAACGAUGAAGAUGUCUCCUAUUGGACACCUACGAAAAGCCGAUGGAAAAGCUGGUAGUGGCUAUAGCACGUUUCAGACUCCGAUCAUAGAUAUGCCCCCGAUUAUACCUAAGCAGCCCGAUACUGUUUUCUCUGCUGAGGCAAGUAGGGAGUUAGCCGGCGAGCCUGAUGGCAGAGCGGAUCCUGACGAACCGAGUGAAGCACCCGCUCUGCCCAGCAGUCCAAUACCUACCAUGGAUCCGCGACCAUCUUUUCUACACGGAAUGAUAACCGACAUUAUGCCAUCUAAGCCCACUGUGCCAGAAAAACCGAAAGUACCAACCAAACCAGUUAUAAAGCAAACAACUAAGAAGUCUGUGACAUCAUCCCAUCAAACCAUGCAAAUUCAUUCCACAAAGAAAGACGGAGAAGGGAGUAAACAUGUAAGCGAAGAAAAACAAAAUGGUUCAGAAAUACACGAACAAAAAACAGAAUCCAUAUAUUAUGCGAAACCAGUGCUUACGAAACAAGACAGCGACGUUUCGCUCAAUAGUCUUAGCAAACGAAAGGCACCGACACCACCGUUAUCUCCAACAGAGGAAUUCCCAAAUAAUUUGUACCAAAGAAAUCCAAGCGGAUAUAUGAAAUCAGAUUCUCCAGUCGUUAGAGAAAUGGAGAAGAGAGAAAGAGCCGUAAUGUCGUCGACCCCAAAAACCAGAACCGUUGAAGACAUUGAAAAGAAAGACUUGCAACCCGAGCCGGCUCCCAGAAGGAGUAUAUCCCUCUCUCACGAUAAUUUACUUCUAGAUGAAAAGCGCAAAGGAAAGUAUAAGUUUUCGAUCAAGAAAUUAUUACGCAUUGGUUCUUCAAAAGAUUUAGAUAAGAAAGAAUUAAGUGUGGCGACCGUUACGAAAGUGUCCCCGCACAAGACGGAGGAAAUAUACGACCUGGCACCGAAGCCGAAACCGCGACUUGUCAUCAUUCAUCCGUUGGACAUUAACGGAUCAAGCGUCGAAGUGGUGAAAUCGAAUUGUGAAAUUUCGGAAAGUUUACGUCGCAUGAGUCACGACGACGUGUCAAUUUACAGCGGGUCUAGCUCAGCGACUGACGCAGAGCCUGCAAAGAUCGUAAACAAGCCUCCGCCGCCGCCAAGGCUGUCUAGCGAGGACGCCAGUGCUGUACCUGCACCGAUCCCAGCACGCCCUCCCCCGCCCAAAUCUGCUGCAUUGCAGAAGAAACAGAAGCAACAAGCGUGGACGCCUGCAGCAUCCAAGUCUGAUAGCAUCUACGCUAAUUUAGGCGAGAUAAGAUCAGCUCUUGCGCCGAGAAAACCCGAACGAACAGCAAGCAUGCGCGAACGUGAAUCUCAUCUGGAGCUUCUGAAACGUAGAACACCUUUAGACGAUGACAAAGACGAAUCAGACGAACCACAAGAACUAGUCCAAGCUACAAACGAUACUGUCAUUAACAGCUACGAUGACGUCUACAAUUCCGGCAAAUACGACGAGGAGACUUGUGACUCAGCUAAAAACAGCGACAGUGACUAUGAAUACGUCCACCACGCUCGGUCAAGCUCGCCUGAGUGCGAUGCUGCUAUCAAACCCCGAGAACCAAAAAUCGAAACCAGAACUGAUACCAAAAACGAAGACAAUAACACCGAAUAUCCCAAAUAUAACAACAGUUUUAACAGAUCCUCCAUCCCUUACUGCGGAAGCGAGACAGAAUCAGAAAUAUACUCACCAUACAGCUUUUACAGUUCGAAUGACAAUAUGGAUGGAUCUACGAACGAUGAUUACCAAAAUGAGAUGACACCAAAGGCCACCACCAAUAAACUACGAGUGAGGAAAGGCAGGAGUAUUGUACACAAGAAUCUUGAGGAUAACUACGGAGCUGUUGUUAUAGCUAACCACGAAGCAUUAGCACAGGUUUUAGAACAGGUACAACAAAGUGCUACAAUGCAACCAUCUCUCCGAGGUCUUAAAGCUUGCACCAACUUACGCUGGAGUGACUUCACAAUUCAACCUCAGAGUAAAGGUCUCACAAGAGCGGGCAAGCGAGUCUUUCAUCCUGCAGUGUGGAACUCCAACCAGGGUCCGGUGCAGGUCACCUUGAUGCUGUACAAGGAGCAGCUGGCCUCACAAAUGGUGUGCCAGCAAUCGCUGCAGCCGACCCUCAGCCUGAACGCAGUCACCGAGUUCUGUGACCUGGUGCCUCUACAGCAUUUCGGGGAAGAGGGAGAUGAUCUGGUGCAAGCAACAAUCGUAGUGUUAGGUCAGGCGCAGGUAGACACUUUGCAGUCAUACGGGGAGUCGCUGCACAGCGGCGAGGGUCACAGCAAAGACCACCAGCUCGUCGCUACUGAGCAGACGCACGAGGCCAUAUUCAUGUUACUUCAGCUCAUCAACGGUCUCAAGUGCCUGCAGGCGCGCGGUGUCGAGGAGAUAUCGGAAGCUCUCACCUCCUUCAUUUCGCUCAAAGAGAUCCAACCCCUCACCUCUCACGGCAGCACACUGAACCUGCCCUCGCCUGAUGACAGACUCAACUCUCUCUGGGCGCCGAAGACUAACUCUUAUGGAAGACUUUGCGUCUUACAAGGUUUGAGUGACGAGAUAAACAACGGUAAGUCGAACGAAGGUGAACAUCACAGUUCUCUGUGCAAAUGCGCGAUAAUGGCCGUCGACAUCCUCCUGCCGGGAGAGAAGCUGACACCAUUGCUAAAGGAAGUUCUACAAGAGGAGAGAGCUGUCUCCUUGAAUCAGGCCAAAUCUGUCUUGGAAUUUAUGUUAUGGGGACCUUUGGAUGUCGUCCAAGGUGUUCCAGUUGAAGAAAGAGAACUAUCUCUUCAGAGAUGGUUGGAUUUAGAACGAGCGACAGUUUUACAUGGUCUUGUUAGAACAAGAGUGCAGUUGAACGUUUUCGAACAACUGCAUCUAAUGUUUUUGGUGAGAUCCACAGCGAAAGCAAUGUGCGACGCGUCUGUACUCUUAGAGAAAGCUAAUGUAUACUAAUUUUGUAUAUUUUAUUUAAGUUUUGAAAUGGAUGCCGUUAUGAAUUAUA